AUGUCGGAUUCAGUUGAUGCAGCACCCCCGAAAUUACUAAAUGAGUACCUCCACAAGGACUAUCGUACGACCAUCUCGAGCAUUCAACGGUUGACCUCGCACGGCGAGAUCACCUUCGAGCUCCUCCACUCCAUCCUCGUUCCACGCACUAUCCUCGUUACCACGUGCGCUGUCACCGGCGAACCGCGAGCGGUCAAGCUCGUGAACUCGACGAGGGUCAGAACAGACGCGGGACGUAGCUACUACGACCUCCUCUGCGAGAGUAUCGACAUCGACGAUGAGCCGGCAGUCGACGACCAAUGGGCGGCUCCUACCAGUGGACACUCUGCCGACGCUGAGCUCCGCAAGGCGGGUGGUGGAUGCUCGUUCGGGCGGGUCGAAAACAGGAUCAUAAUACCGCAGUUCAAGGGCACUCUGAAGAUCAACCAGCUGAACUGCUACCCCAUCAAAUAUCAUCCUAACGAGUCUGAACUGCGAAGAUCGCUCAUUGCUCGCGGUCGCAAGUGGAUCUCUUAUCGCGGUAUUCACCAUGUUUUCUACAAGGGCAUGGCUUCGGCCUGCACUUCAAGACCUUACAAAUAUAACGUAAACUCCCGUAUAAUGAUCGACCGUGCCAACUUCCGGCGUCAUAACCCGAACUAUGAACUGCCCCAGAUCAAGCGCCAGGUCGAAGGAGACGAUAGUGGUUGGGGCUCGCCGCCACCUUUAGAUCCGAAUCGCAAUGUUCGGACGCUCAGCGUGCAGACUCAUGCACCGCAGGACGAGCCCGAUGAGGAGCCCACAGAUGAGGAGCUCAUGCUGGCCUCUCCGGUUCUCCACGGAUUCAGUCUGACCGACAAGACCUGGCUCGAGUUCAACGUCCAGAAGAUCGCGGAGAUCGAGUGGAACGACGAGGCUUUCGAGAAGUUGGUGCUGCCGGCUGGUCGCAAGACUCUUAUGCGUUCACUCGUGGAAGCCCACAAAGCGGACCUAGGCUUUGAUGACUUCGUCAAGGGUAAGGGUCACGGGCUGGUUAUUAAUCUGUUCGGCCCGCCUGGCGUCGGGAAGACCCUCUCUGCCGAGGCGACUUCUGAGCACGUCAGGAGCCCGCUGUACGUUAUCGGUGGAGGCGACCUCGGCACGACUGCGGGAGAACUGGACACCGCACUGCAGAAAGUGUUCGACAUUGCCACCCAUUGGAAAGCCAUCGUUCUGAUCGACGAGGCGGAUGUCUUCCUUGAGCAACGUUCGCUGCAUGACCUCGAGCGGAAUGCCAUGGUUGCCGUAUUCCUGCGGCAUCUCGAGUACUAUCGCGGCAUCCUCUUCCUGACGACGAACCGCGUCAGGACAUUCGACGAGGCGUUCCUGUCGCGCAUCCACAUCGCGCUGCACUUCCGCGAGCUCUCGCACGAAGCUAAGAUGCAGGUCUGGAGCUCAUUCCUGCAAAAGGUCGGCACCGACAUGCCCCAGGAGCAGCUCGAGAGGCUCGCCGAACGGGAUAUCAAUGGAAGACAGAUCAAGAACGCCACCAGGACCGCGAAUUCCCUUGCGGCGGGCCGAGGAGAGAAGCUUCACUAUGGCCACCUGGCCGAGACCCUUGAUGCAAUGGACGACUUCACGAGCGAAUUCAAGUCGAUGGCUGCAUGAUGGAGAAAUGCGACGAUGACCGAAAGGCUAGGUAGUGACUGAGCUCAAUAUUUGGCUCGAUUUCUGCAACGACCUACAUGUAUUUCAACUUGUACUUUAGAUUGGUUGUACCACUAGAUGAUAUUUAGUGUUGUAUGUGACUGAUUUACCUGCUCU